AGUGGACGUUUGAGGAACUGCAGUUUGUGUCACUUCCUGUGUUGACACCCACUUUCAGACCCACGUGGCACAAACACAGGAAGUGCCUCUGUCAGUGACCGUUUCCAAACAUGCAUCCAGUUUUUAUCUGACUUUAGUUUUUGUGUUUUUAUGUUUUUGUGUUUUUAGUGAUCAUGACACUGCGCGAGCACUGUCAGCUGAUCUGUCACGUGGCUCCGGUGCCUCCCUGCGGGGUUGUCUCCGUCGUGUUGUCCUCCUUUGUCCUGUUCGGUGUCCGGACGUGUCUCACCGUGACGCAGCGGGACGUCUUCAGCGUGGGCGCCUCCGUGCUCCACAGCGGGCACCUCCACAGACUCCUCACCUUCCCCCUGCACCACAGGACCUCCGCCCAGCUCCUCCUCAGCGCCGCGGCUCUGCUGCUCCUCGGCGGCAGCUUGGAGAAAGGCUUCGGCACGGUGCGCUUCCUCUUCCUGUUCCUCCUCCUGUCCUCCACCACCGGCCUCCUCUACAGCCUCCUGGACCUCCUCCUGGAGGAGCAGGGCCACACCGAGGGGCUGCUCCCCGUGGCGCUGGCAUGCGUGGCUCUCACCACCAUGCACACCAAGAUGACCAGAAGCUUCCUGUGUGGGGUCAGCUUCCCCACCCUGGCUCUGCCCUGGGUGCUGCUCCUCCUCACCUCCGCCCUCGUCCCUCACAGCGUGCUCCCCUGCAACAUCAUCGCCGUCCUGGUUGGGUGGAUGCACGGGAGGGGCUGGUUCUCCCUGGUGGAGCUGUCUGAAGCCAGGGCAUGCAUCCUGGAGAAGAUGGCACCUUUCAGGCUGCUGAGGAGCAUCAGCGGGGUGAUGUUUGUCCCUGCGUCCACGGAGGAGCGCAGGAGGACCCUGCUCCCACAGAUCAACCCGGCACCAGGGUCAUACCCGGUCCAGGCUUACGCACCGCUGUCCAGCAUCAACACCGCAGACACUACGGGCAAGUCCUACGAAGGCUGGCCAAGUUCAGCAAGUGCUGUGUCCGGUCCAACAUCUCCACCCAAUCCUCAUGGACAUGGACCAGCACACAGCUUUGGACUGAGUCAUGGACACAGCUGCAGCCACGGUCACAGUCACGGUCACAGUCAUGGUCAGCUGUAGGUGUGAUGAUGACACCUGCAGCAUCUCUUGUUUGUGUGUUUUCUACAGUAUCCAGAGUGUGUGAUGUGUUUUACAUUUUGACUUUUGUACACAAAUAUUUAAAAACAAGUUUCUUUUCUAACAUUUCUGCCUCGUCUCUACAAAUAAACAUGUAUAACACAGAGAAAACACAAA